CUGGAGGAACCUCUGGAGCAGCUGUUGGCUGGCUCCUCUGACUGAUGGCAUGUUGAGGUACAUGGGCCAGUGGCAGCGAGGGCAUCUGAUCCAGAGGGGGCCACUCUAAAGGCCGGGCUACCAGCACCAUGGGCCAGUGUGUCACCAAGUGCAAGAAUCCCUCAUCGACCCUGGGCAGCAAGAAUGGAGAUCGUGACCCCAGCAGCAAGUCACACAGCAGGCGGGGUGCAAGCCACCGUGAAGAGCAGGUGCCACCAUGUGGCAAGCCAGGUGGGGAUAUCCUCAUCAAUGGGACCAAGAAGGCGGAGGCUACCACUGAAGCCUGCCAGCUGCCAACAUCCUCAGGCGAUGCUGGGAGGGAGUCCAAGUCCAAUGCUGAGGAGUCUUCCUUACAGAGAUUGGAAGAACUGUUUAGGCGCUACAAGGAUGAGCGGGAGGAUGCAAUUUUGGAGGAAGGCAUGGAGCGCUUUUGCAAUGACUUGUGUGUCGACCCCACAGAAUUUAGAGUGCUGCUCUUGGCUUGGAAGUUCCAGGCUGCAACCAUGUGCAAAUUCACCAGGAAGGAGUUUUUUGAUGGCUGCAAAGCAAUAUGUGCAGACAGCAUUGACGGAAUCUGUGCACGGUUCCCUAGCCUCUUAACAGAAGCCAAACAAGAGGAUAAAUUCAAGGAUCUCUACCGGUUUACAUUUCAGUUAGGCCUGGACUCUGAAGAAGGACAACGGUCACUGCAUCGGGAAAUAGCCAUUGCCCUGUGGAAACUAGUCUUUACCCAGAACAAUCCCCCAGUUUUGGACCAGUGGCUAAACUUCCUAACAGAGAAUCCCUUGGGGAUCAAGGGCAUCUCCCGGGAUACUUGGAACAUGUUCCUUAACUUCACUCAGGUGAUUGGCCCCGACCUCAGCAACUACAGUGAGGAUGAGGCCUGGCCAAGUCUCUUCGAUACCUUUGUGGAGUGGGAAAUGGAGAGAAGGAAGAGAGAAGGGGAAGGGAGAGGUGCACUCAGCUCAGGGCCCAAGGGCUUGUGUCCCGAGGAGCCGACUUAGUGGCUCUGUCCCAGGAGCAGCAGCAAGGAUCUGCCCGCUGCCCUGCAGCCAACCGAGGAAUUGGACCUUUCUGGAAAUUACUGAAGAUCCGGAUAUUUUCUACUUUACACCUUUCUCUGCCUUGUAUCUGAAAGGGCUCUAAAAUGCUGUAUAAUGUUUUAGGCACUUUCUUCAUUUUUCGGUUAUUUUGGUUAUUUCUUUUUUGGGGGGGAUCCCCCAAAAUAUUUGAACCUGGCUACAUGUUGUGUAUCUUUUUUUGAAGCCUUCAGAUAGAAUAAGCCUGCCAUUUCUUGCACAAAUUAGAUUUUUUUUUGUGGGGGAGGGUGUAGAGAAGGGUGGGGGACGGGAUGUUAGGUUGAAUUAACAUUACAAAAUGAUACAGUGCCAGAUCUCAGUUUUGCAUAUUGUUUUUCAGGGCAGGUCUGUACUGUGUGUAGUGCUGUUUACAUGGUUAAAUUUAGGUUGUAAUAAUUAUUUUUAAAGAUUUACACAGAUUUGAAUAGCAGUGUUAACUGUUAACCACAUUGCAUUAAUUCCCAGGCGAAUUAGAGCUCUUGGAGUGCCAAGGCCAGCCAAGAGCAU